ACCGCCGCCUCAGCUUGCGCCGCCGCCGCCGCCGCCGCCGCCGCCGCCGCGCACGCCAUGGGAGCCGUGACUGACGACGAAGUCAUACGGAAGCGUCUCCUGAUUGAUGGAGACGGCGCUGGAGAUGACCGGAGAAUCAAUCUGCUGGUGAAAAGUUUCAUUAAGUGGUGCAACUCCGGGUCCCAGGAAGAGGGAUACAGCCAGUACCAACGUAUGCUGAGCACACUGUCCCAGUGUGAAUUUUCAAUGGGCAAAACUUUGCUGGUAUAUGAUAUGAAUCUCAGAGAAAUGGAAAAUUAUGAAAAAAUUUACAAAGAAAUAGAAUGUAGCAUUGCUGGAGCACAUGAAAAAAUUGCUGAGUGCAAAAAGCAAAUUCUUCAAGCAAAGCGAAUACGAAAAAAUCGCCAAGAAUAUGAUGCUUUGGCUAAAGUGAUCCAGCACCAUCCAGACCGGCAUGAGACAUUAAAGGAACUAGAAUCUCUGGGAAAGGAACUAGAGCAUCUUUCACAUAUUAAAGAAAGUGUUGAAGAUAAGCUGGAAUUGAGGCGGAAACAGUUUCACGUUCUACUUAGUACCAUCCACGAACUUCAGCAAACGCUAGAAAAUGAUGAAAAGCUCUCAGAGGUAGAAGAAACUCAAGAAAGCACCAUGGAAACAGAUCCUAAGCCAUAAACAGGCUAAUGGUUCACACUUCCCAAGAAUGCAGAAGUAACGACAUGCUCCUAGUGCAUUCAGAAUUUGUUGUGCUCUUCAGAUAUUUAAAGUUUUGGCAGUAAACUACUUUGCUUUUAAAUAUUAA